AAUUUUAGAUAGGAGGGGCUGUUCAGGUGAUAGUGCAUUGCUAGCAAGAAUCUUUCCGUAAAAAGUUUGCCAACUCACUUAUUUCUACUCCUCAUUGUCAACACCAUUAAGUUUGUCACGUUUUUGAAUGAUGUUGAAUCAACCGCAAAGUAGGCGUUCACUUUUGUUUACGCUGUUUAAGUGACGCUUGAGGUAUUAUUGCCCAUAUCAUCAGACAGCUCUGGUAAGCAUAAAACCUUCAGCUCCUCUUUGCUCGGAAAAUCGUUCAAGCUCAAAUUGAGGAUAUCUUUGGAAGCACAGAUAAAGGAUGGCAGAUCCAGAGAACCCAGAUACCACAACCAGGUCUGACGAGGCCCCCGCGGAGAAAUCCGGCAGCGGAGGAAAUGGAUCUGGGAGUAUCGAGCUAACUAUGGGGUACAUCAUCUCGAUUCCUGGAAUACUGAAGAUCGUUGAAUUUUUCACGCUGAUGUUAGCAUUCGCCCUAGCCGCUGAUGUGGAUUAUUUAGGAACCUGGGGCCGGAUGAAUUUUUUCCUUUUUGUUACUAUAACAUCAUGGCUUCUUGUGAUUGCCGUAUUUGUCUUGUUCGCAUUCAAUAUCAUAUCAAAAAUCAACCUCAGUAUUGACUGGAACAUCCCGGUUUUUGUUUUCGCUCUUGUAGCAGCAAUUCUUCUUCUGUUGAGUUCUGCUUUGUUAGCUGACCAUGUAGCAGGUUUCUCUGGUUCGGUGAUUGACAAAGUACGCGCCGCUGCGGCUUUUGGAUUUAUCUCCAUGUUCGUGUUCAUCGCAGAUGCUGUUGUUUGCUUCCUGAGGAAAACUGGAAGGAUGUAAACCAAUGCUCACAUUUUGAUAAACUGUGUAGUCCUUAAGUUUGUUUAACCUUUUUAAUAACUAUUCUCGUCAUAUUUUUAUAUAUACCUUUCCUCUAUAAUGAAUAACACAAUUCUAGAAACACACUGAGAUUUAUCCCGCAGAGAACGCGUACGAUUAACCCUUUCAUUCCAAGGAAUGAAUUACUAAUAGUAAUUGAACUGAGUGGAUUGCAAUUUGUAUAGGUAAUCACAUGAUUUCGAGUGCAAUUUG